AUGGAGCAAUAUUUGAACGACAGCCCUGCUGAUCUUAACGCACCAUACAACGGAAGUUGUGGAGUUGGCGGUAACAACGGAACUAACGACAAUCAACGAGGUAAUAUCAAUCGUCCAAUCCAAUAUAAUAACAAUUUCCUCCCAGUUGGUAAUGGGGGAGAGCAGUGUCUUGGACCUACAAACCAAUUUGCUGAUAACUAUAAUAAUUUGGAUACUGCUACAGACCCACUCAACAACUUUGACAUUACAAACUUACAAAACAAUACGGACCCAGAUUUUGACUUUAACUUGGGGUACGGAGCUAUAGGAGGACCAGGCACAGGCGCACCACUGACCGGGAAUUCUAAUCCGGUGUUGAGUGAGAAUGAAUAUUUGUCUCCAGAUUCCGGUAACAACUUUAGUAUUCCAACCUCAAAUAAAUUGGGUUCAUCUUUAGGUAAUGAUACUCCUUUUAUGGCUGUCGGAUAUGAUAAUCAAGGCUUGGGAUCAAACCAAUAUAAUGGCCAGGUUUCACCUCAACUUGGAGGUAUACCUAUGCCUACUGGGAAUAUCUAUGAUAAUUCAUCUUCGUUUACUGGUACUCAUGGAGACUUUGGAGGAAUGAGUGCUGCCAAUACUUUAGAUGGGCUUGUUUCUCCUGAUAAUAACCAAAUUGCACCUGACCCAUACUUGCACUUUUCCCCUUCUCAAAGAAUCCCCUUCAAGCUGGAAAAUACUACUAGAUUAGGUCCUACUGCUAUCCCAACUCAACAACUGGACUUGUUGAAUCAAGGCUACUUAUCUCCACAUCAGCAUGGAUUUUUUUCUCCCCCAGGUGCCAAUAGCGUUCUCUCUGGAAAUGAUAAUUCAUAUGACACACUCAGAUCACCUAAUACCAACCCCAACUAUCUUUAUUCGCCUAAAAAUAAGCCCAUGGCCAUGGCUAUUCCACAAACUAGCACUAGCACCCCCAAUACUAAUCAAUUAUUAUCGCCGCCAGGGAAUUCUCAAUUGAGUACUUCGGUUCCAUCUAAUAGUGCUGCCAAAUCUCCUCCUCCCCGGGACAUCCCUACUAAGUUGUUAACUGAUGAGGAAAAGAUUAAGAGAAGAAAGGAAUUCCAUAAUGCAGUUGAAAGGCGUAGGAGAGACUUGAUCAAACAACGGAUAAAGGAAUUAGAUGCUAUUGUUCCUCCAAGUUUAUUGAAUCCACAACUGUGUGCUUUACAGGCAAUGGCGAUAAAUAGAAAUCUCAAGACUAAGGAAUUGACAGAACUUGCAGCGACUAUGAAAGUUAAGGAAACCAAGGCCAACAAGAAUACCAUUUUAUCAAAGUCUGUCGUUUAUAUGUCACACUUGAAAUAUGUUUUGGAAGAGCAAGUCAAGGCAAGAAAGAAGUUGGAGGAAGAAAUUGCUUUAUUGGAAGGUGAAUCUGAUCAAGGUAGGCGAAGUGAAGGUCAAUCAUCAAGAGAAAGUGUACCUCAAAUGUCGCAAACACAACCACUUCCACAACAACGACAACAACAACAACGUGUUUCUACACCCCCACGAUCAAUAAAACAAGAACAAUUCGAAAAUGAGCAACAGCAAUCUUGGAACACUACUGAGAACUCAUAUGAACAAAUCGCACUGAGUCAAGCACCACCACAACUAGAACAGUUUAUGACGAAUCAAGGCUUUGCUGGGGAGCUUCAGAACUUCGAUACUUCAAAUAACGGCAAUCAGUUCAACCCAGACGAUUUCUUUGCCUCAAAUGGAGACUUCAACAACAUAAUAUGA